AGAUGUGGUAACUGUUAGUCACUAUAAAGUCAGUGAUGUUUGCAAUCAGUGUUUGUGUUGGCAUAACAUGUGUUGAAAAACAUUAGAUAUUUUUCAACCAUAAGUUGCAAUCAAUUUUCAUCACUUUAUUGUUUGCAAUCUUACCAUUGAUUUCAUCAGUCAUACUGUCAGUUGAUAAUUAAGUGAAGACAUCCGCUGUCAAAGAUCCACAAAGAUAUGGACAAUAAAGAAAACAAUGAAUCCACUCAACCAUCGGGCGAUAAAUUGUCGAAAAAUGCACUAAAGAAACAGCAAAAAGCAGCCGAAAAAGCGGCCAAAAAGAGUGAGAGGGCGGAGACCAGAGGCGAACAGAAAACAGCUGAAAAUGAAGAAGAAGAUGUCUCUAAAGGAUUGUACGGAUUGUUAGCAAUGAUACAAUCGACCGAAAGUCCUGAUAGAAAAUUAGUUGCAAUCAAACAAUUGGACAAAUCGAUUGACGGACAGACCAUUUGGAUCAGAGGACGUCUCCAUACGAGUCGUGCCAAAGGAAAGCAAUGUUUUUUUGUUUUACGACAACAACAUUAUAGCGUUCAAUGUUUAACUGCCGUUUCGGAAAAAGUAUCCAAAUUAAUGGUUAAGUUUGUGGCUUCGGUUAGCAAAGAGUCAAUUAUUGAUGUCGAAGGAGUCGUACGUUCUGUUGACAAUCCAAUUGAAAGCUGUUCCCAACGCGAUGUUGAACUACAUGUCAAUCAGUUAUUUGUUGUAAGCAGUUCUGAACCAAGACUUCCUCUUCAAAUAGAAGACGCUUCGAGACCAGAGACAGAAUCUGAUGCAACCAAUGAUAGCGAAGGACUGAAUAUUCGUGUAAAUCAAGACACAAGACUUGAUAAUCGUGUCAUUGAUUUACGAACGCCUACGAGUCAAGCGAUCUUUCGUAUUGAGGCCGCAGUCGGCAAACUCUUUAGGGAUUCACUGGAGAAACGCGGUUUCGUUGAGAUUCAUACGCCAAAGAUUAUUCCGGCCGCCAGUGAGGGCGGAUCUAAUGUUUUUGAGGUCUCAUACUUUAAAGGAAACGCUUAUUUGGCGCAAUCACCACAACUUUAUAAGCAAAUGGCAAUUGCGGCUGACUUUCAACGAGUCUAUACAGUUGGUGCUGUAUUUCGAGCCGAAAACUCCAAUACUCACAGACAUUUGACCGAAUUUGUUGGUCUCGACUUUGAGAUGGCUUUCAAUUAUCACUACCACGAAGUACUUGAUAUUAUUGGUGAACUAUUUGUUGAUAUUUUUAAAGGUUUGGAGUCUCGAUGUACCGAUGAAAUAGCAGCUGUUGGUCGACAAUAUCCGGCCGAACCGUUCAAGUUUUUGGAACCAACACUCCGUUUAGAGUUCGCUGAUGGCGUAAGAAUGCUUCGGGAGGCGGGUAUUGAAAUGGGAGAUGAAGAUGACUUGACCACUGCUAAUGAGAAAGUUUUGGGAAAAUUAGUCCGAGAAAAAUAUAAAACCGAUUUUUAUAUACUCGACAAAUUCCCGCUUGCAGUUCGACCCUUUUAUACGAUGCCCGACCCUUCAAAUGCGAAAAACUCGAAUUCUUACGAUUUAUUUAUGAGAGGAGAGGAGAUCAUGUCUGGAGCUCAACGUAUACACGAACCACAGUUUCUCACUGAAAGAGCUAAUCAUCACGGAAUCGACUUACAAACCAUAAAAUCAUAUAUCGAUUCUUUCCGAUACGGCUGUCCACCACAUGCUGGAGGAGGUAUUGGCUUAGAGAGGGUAACAAUGCUAUACUUAGGUCUCGAUAAUAUCCGCAAGACUUCACUGUUUCCACGCGAUCCCCAACGGAUUACACCAUAAAUUGGCAUUUAAUUACUAAAUUUAAUGAUUUUAUUAUAUUUAAAUUUAACAUUAUCUAUAAUUUGUUUUUAAAAUUUUUAUUAU